AUGCAGCUUUCUCUUGAUGAACAAGAUAUCAUUAGGUGGAACCCUUCAACGUAUGGAAUUUUCUCAGUCAAACCUGCCUACAAGAAACCUACUGAAGCAAGAGUGCGAAACCAAGCUGCUCUUAAUGCAGUUCCAACAACAGUUUGGAAAGCGCUCUGGAAAAUGAAGAUGCCUCAUCGGGUUAAACUCUUUAUAUGGAAGUGUUUGAAGAAUAUAGUUCCUACAAGAGUGAGAUUAACUCAGGCAAUGCAAGAUAUUGAAAGACACUGUGAAAUCUGCAAGCAAGAGAAUGAAACUCUUUUCCAUCUUCUCCUCAGCUGUUCCCAUGCUAAAGCAGUAUGGAGAUCUCUUAAUAUAAAUAUUGAUCAUAUAAUUACUCAGUGUCAUUCGAUUACAAAAUGGAUUAUCUCUUGGUUUCAAGAUGUUCAGAAUGCAGGGAAUGAGGAUGUCAAUAAUUGGAGAAGUCUGUUAAUGGUAGGGAGUUGGAUAAUAUGGAAGGAGAGGUGUGACUGUGUUUUUCAAGAUAAAUCUCUCAAUCCGAUUCGUACCGCAGAGAGGAUUCAAAGACAGUUGAUUAGUUAUAGUGCAUUGACUCAUGAGGCUUCAGAUGAUGCUUUAAUUAGUGCUCCUAAUUCAACUGUGAUGACUACUAACUCUCUCAACUGCCUGCAGGAUAUUUUGAAUGAAGCAUCUCUCUUUAAAUUCUUUGUAUACACUUCAUUUGAUAAACUCACUAACGAUUCUGGUUCUGGUAUUGUCUUUUAUGAUACUGCAGGUGCCUUCGUUGGGUUCAAGGGAUCUUAUGCAGCUGGAAUAAUUGACGCAGAAGCAGGAGAGUGUAGAGAUGUACUUGAAGGUCUUAAAUGGGCUAAGGCAAUGGAGUUAGACGGCGUACACAUCAUCUCUGAUACUCAUACUGUAGUCAACUCGAUCAACAAUAAAGCUCUUUCAGUUAGAUGGGAGAAUAGGAAGAUUAUUCAAGAGAUUAAUCAGUUGCUCAUCUCUUUUAAUUUGUAUAUGAUUUCUUAUGUUCAUAGGACUCUUAAUUCAGAAGCAGAUUCCAUUUCUAAAGUAGUAUGGAGAAAUAAACUCCUAGUAGAAGAGUUCAGUCAUGAUGGUUCUCAUAUCCAAACAGUUUUAAACAGGAUUUUGGAUCCCGGUAUAUCGUAA